AUAUAGAGAGAGCAAGUGUGAGAAAGAGCGAGAGAUAACGAAAGCUCACUUCCAAUGGCGUCCCCUUCGCUCUUAGGCUCCGCAACGUCGUCGUUUCAUGGCCAUUUCCCGGCGGUUGCACCUCCGCCUUCCGUACGGUUUCAUUUCGGAAACCUUAGAAACUUGGCGGUGAAGGCGACAGCGGCGACGGGGACUGUGCUGGUGGAGAAGACGGAGUCAGAGAAGGUCAACCGCCUCAAGACCACUUACCUCGAGAAAAUCGUUCCUCGCCUCAUGGAAGAGUUUUCCUACACCAAUGUCCUAAAGGUUCCAAAGGUAGAGAAGAUCGUAGUGAACUGUGGUAUUGGAGAUGCUCAACAGAACGCGAAGGGAUUGGAAGCAGCAAUGAAUGAGCUUGCGCUUAUUACCGGGCAGAGACCUGUGAAGACUCGAGCAAGGGCAUCCAUUGCUACCUUCAAGAUCAGGGAAGGUCAACCGCUAGGCAUUGCUGUCACGCUUAGAGGAAAUGUAAUGUACUCAUUCCUUGAUCGCCUUAUUAACUUGGGGCUUCCGAGAACAAGGGAUUUCCAGGGCGUGAAUUCAAGCAGCUUUGAUGGACAUGGGAAUUACUCCAUCGGGAUUCGUGACCAGAGCGUGUUCCCGGAGGUCAGGUUUGAUGCGCUUGGUAAGCCCAGGGGAAUGGAUGUUUGCAUCACCACAACGGCUAAAACAGAUAAAGAAGGGCAGAAGCUUUUGGCUCUAAUGGGGAUGCCCUUCAGAGAGGGUGGAGGUGCCACGACUACCAUGCGUAAGAAGAAGCUCAAAGCUCACCAUUUUGAUUCCAAAGGAAAAGGAAAAGGCCGAAGAUGAUAACAUUAAGGGUUGCCUACUUGAGAGAACCGUAUUUUCCUUUAACAUUUUGCCUCGGUUUUGUAUUCUUCCCUUAUGCAUGCCACCAACAUAGGUGUUAAAAAAAAAAAAGAAAGGGGCUUGAUCGUGUAAAUCAUGUGGUUGUUGCUGUUGAUUAAUGUGGUUUUUGCAUUUUUUUAAUUAUUAUUAUUUUGCUGGAAUGUUCAAUUGUAAUUUGGAUUUUCUAUUAUAUAUUAUUAUUUAAAGAGAA